AUGGAGCUGUUCGAAGCAUCGCCGCAGUACGCGUCGCCCAAGCCGGGGUUCGAUUACCGUCCCCCUACGCCGCGUGUGUUCGUCAUGCCGCCCUCGUACCAGGUCAAGGGUUUGCACACCAUCAUCCGCGACCGCAACACCAGCAAUGAGGACUUCGUGUUCUACUCCAACCGACUCAUCCGCCUUCUCGUCGAAGAGGGCCUCAACCACCUGCCAUUCGUGGACAAGGUCAUCAACACACCCACGGGCGACGCCUACCGAGGCGUCGAGUGGCCCUCCCGCCUCUGUGGCGUGUCCGUCGUUCGCGCAGGAGAGAGCAUGGAAUCGGCCUUGAAGGCCGUCGCCAAGGACGUUCGGAUAGGCAAGAUCCUCAUUGAACGCAACGAAGACACGGGCGAGCCUGAGCUGUACUUCGUCAAGCUGCCAGAGGACAUCAACAACCGAUUCGUCCUUCUUCUCGAUCCCAUUCUCGCCUCCGGCGGCGGUGCCAAGCGAGCGAUUCAGGUGUUGCUCGACCACGGCGUGAAGGAGGAGAAGAUCCUCUUCCUCACACUGAUCGCGGUGUGCGCUGCCUACCCGGAGGUGGGGAUCGUCGUCUCGGAAGUCGAUCCCGGCCUCAACGAAAAGGUAACGCCCGGCAUCGGCGACUUUGCCGAUCGUUACUUCUGCACGGAGGACUGA